AUGUGCAAAAAUAUCUGUACAAUUAAAUCUGAAAACACACAUGAUACUGAAAAAAUUAAUUUAAACAUUGCCGCGACCACUGGCAUCGUUGCUUCUGGUAUUGGUUAUUCUCAAUUUGAAGAGCUAUGUUCAGCAAUAGACGUUCCAGUAUUUACUCCGAAUACUUACACCAAAUAUCAAGAUCAGGUUCUUAAAAAAUGGGAACAAACUGCGAGUUCUUCUAUGGCAGCAGCUGCAGAAAAAGAAAAAGAAAUAGCUAUCGAAGAAGGCCAAACCAAGGGUGGUUUUCCCGUAAUUGAUGUUCUCGUUGAUGGCUCCUGGAUAAAUGCCAUUGUUUCCAGUAUUGCAGCAAAAUCACGAAGUUUAAUUGAAGACGUGGAUACCAACAAUGUCGAAUGCUUUAAUAGUGUAAUUGCAAAAUUUAUUGGAGGAAAACGAAUCAAUUUUGCUUUGAAAGGAGGUUAUCAAGGUAGGUGUUCAGCGGCAGUAGUGUCAUUCAACACCAAAUCGGCAAUAUCUACAGUUCAAUCGGCUUUUACUGGCAAAUGUACCGGAGGAAAUGUUGUGAUUGUAGAAAGAAAAAGGUCUCAAAAACGGAAGAUAAACUUUGAACAUCCAAAAAAGAAAAGAAGAAUAUUAAGGGAAAUUAACAAAAAGCAACAUGAUUAUGGUCCAGCAAGUGCAGCACCUGAUAUGUCUCCUCAACAGUUAGAAAAAGCUAAAGAAGAAUUUAUGAAAAAUUUGAAGGAUGUUACAUGUGAUAGGAAUGCUAUUGAAAGGGCUACCGUGUUGCAAAGGGACAGCAGUGAAUGGCUUGAGUUAAGAAAAAAUCUUGUUACAGCUUCAAAUUUCGGCCCAAUAUGUAAAAGAAAGGCUAAUUUUGGCACUGCUUCACUUGUUAAAAAUAUAUUAUAUCCAAAGAAUUUGUUAAAAGUUGCCUCCAUUUGCCACGGAAUCGAACAUGAAAGUCAAGCUCUACAACAACUGGAAAAGCAAGAAAAUAGUGAUCAGAAGAGGCUCUAUAAAUCAUUGGAGCGACCAGGGGUGUGUGGAGCGGGCCCAGGACAGGAUCAGGUCGACACUGUCGCAUUAUGGCGUGGCCUGUGGUCAGAGCUUGUAAACCACAGCGAGGGCUCUUGGAUGGAAGCUGUGGCGAGGUUAAAUUAA